AUGUCCCGCUCAAAAGAAGGCUACCUCUGGACCCCGACCACCACAACCGAAGGCCUCGUCACCUCCUCCGUACAACCAAGUUCACAGAGCACAAAACGCCAAUACGAUGCGAUCGUUAUCGGUGCCGGAUUUGCAGGCCUGAUUGCCGCACGGGACCUAUGCCAAACACAAGAUUUGACUGUUCUUCUCCUCGAAGCACGCGACCGGAUAGGCGGGCGCACAUGGACCGCUAAUGUCCUGGGCGAGGAGAUCGAAAUGGGAGGCACAUGGGUGCACUGGGGCCAGCCACAUGUCUACGCCGAGCUGCAUCGGUACGGACUCCAUCGGAAUCUGAAGACGUCGGCGGGGUUUGCGGAGACGGAGAGGCAGACUUUCACGACUGCGGAGGGGGUGGUUGAGGAUGUUUCAAUUGCCGAGAGUGCAGAGGCUGUGGAGAGGAUUGCGGAGAAGGUGUUCUCGAUUGAUGGACUGAGUAGUCGUGCGUUGAUGCCGUAUCCGCAUGAUUCGUUGCGAGAGCCGGCGUUGUGGAAGAGGUAUGAUCAUCUGAGUGUGAAGGAUCGGCUGGAUGCAUUGGGGGAUAGAGUUCCGCGGGGUGAGAGGGAGUUGUUCGAGUCGAAUAUUGGUACGUUCGGGAGUGCGCUGUGUGGCGAAACAGGAUUUGUGGAUGCCCUGCGGUGGUAUGCGCUGGGUGGACAUACUAUGGCUGGCACGUUUGAGAGGGCAGGAAUGUACAAGCUGGGGAAUGGGGGGAUGACUUCCUUUGCUGAAGCCAUUUUGGGUGAGUAUACUGGGGAUAGAUUGUUCGACACCGCGGUAUCUGAGAUUCGGCACACCGCGAAAGGCGUGGAGGUUUUGACUGCGCGUGGUGAAAGGUUCAAGGCGAAGACUAUUGUCUCGACGAUCCCGCUGAACUGUCUCGGCGAUAUCACAUUCAAUCCACCCCUGUCCCCCAUCCGGCAAGCAGCAGUCGCCCAAGGGCACAUCAACAAAGGCGCAAAGAUCCACUUCAAGCUGCGCGAAACACUUCCCGGCUGGAUCUGGACAGGUUCGGGAUACGGAGACUCAGAAUACGUAUUCGCCUUCUCCGACCAUAAUGGGACUCAGUCCUCAGGUCCGUCGGGGACAUGGUCCAUCGGUUUCGGAUACAACGGCAAGCUUACGGAUAAGAGUGACUCGCAGCAUAUCAUAAACCAGUUCAAGAAAAGCGUCAACUCCAACGUGAGUGUUGAAGCAUAUGCAACAUACGACUGGAUGAAUGAUCCCUACGCCAAGGGUGUUUGGGCGUGUUGGGGACCGAAAAGUGCUUCCAGGUUUUUGGAAGAACUGCAGCGUCCACAUGACCGGAUUGUAUUUGCAAGUGCGGAUUGGGCGGAUGGGUGGAGAGGAUUUAUUGAUGGAGCCAUAGAGCAGGGCCAAAUUGCUGUGCGGGAGGUGGUGAACUUGUUGAAGGAGCAAGGAGUAGGGAAGGCGAAAUUAUAG